UUUUACAAAUGUCUGGAACAAAUUGUAGAAUUAUUGAGCUAGCGUUGUAUUAUCUCUUACGAUUCAAGAGAUGCUUGGAUCGUUCAAAAGUUGAAUUAUCAUAUAUUAUUAAUUAUUCAAGAUUUACCGUUUCGACAGAGCCUUGCCCUGAAAAUCAAGAAUCCAUAAAACCUUUGCCCGCGUUGAUUUCAUCAUUAAUUAUAGCAUGGAAAUUUUUUCAAGAUGAAAAUUACAAAACUAAUCAUUGGACAUCCUUUACCGGAUAUACCAUUGAACAACUAAACGUUUUUGAACGCGAUUUUUUAAGAAUGGUUGAUUAUAAUAUCUUUAUAAAAGAAAAUUCUUUUAAGCAAUGGUUAAGAUUCUUACAUUCUCAUAUGCAAGCUAUCUGUGGACCUGGAUUGGAUGUAAGAUUCGCGUAUUUUCUUCCACAUAAUCGGGAGAGAAUAAAUGAAUUUAUAAAAUCUUUGAAGAUGUUAAAUAUUGAAGAGAUGGAACGAAUAAUAAGAAUAAAUGAACGUCAUAUUAGUCGAGGUAAAGAGAAUGAAAGAGUUUUAAAUUUCGAUGAUAUUAAACGAAAUCAUGUAAAGUAAUGAGAAGUAACGAAGAGUCACGAGUAGUAACAUGUAGUAACAAGUGGUAACAAGUAGUAACGGCUAUUUAUUGUAUAGAUGUUUUGAUUUAGAAUAGACAAAAAUUUUAUUUGCUUAUUUUCUUUUGCUGGUUUUUCUUUUAUGGCAUACUUUGCUGGAACAUAGAAAUCUAUAGAUAUAUUUUUUUUUUUCUAAACAUAUACACAUAUAUAUAUAUUU